UGUGUGUUACAGCUGCAAACAUCUGGACUCCAAACUGCAGCUGUGGCUCAUUUCUCUGUCUCAUUGUUCAACAGUGGGAGCAGAGCCGAGGACUCGGACAUGACGACGAGGAGCAACAACCCGCCUGGCUUCUCCCUGAGUUUGCUGGCGGAGGAGGAGGCAGCGGCCGUGGAGAGCGCCGUCAGGGCGGCUGUGGACUCGGUGGUGGCGGUGAUGCGCAGCGCCUGCAGCCGGGCGCUGCUGCAGCUCCAGAGGAGGCUGGAGGAGCGGGAGCUGGAGAUCAGGAGGCUGGAAAACAAGUUGGAGCAAAGUGAGAGCGAAGUGAAGCUGCUGCAGGAGGAGGUGGAGAGGAGGCAGCCUGCAGUCCCAGCCUGUGGUGGGUCAAACCAGGAGGAGGAGGUGAACCGGAGCUGUGCUGGUGGAGCAACAGCCGCUCACCUUUCCCCGAAGCCCGAUGACACAACAGAGGCCUUUACCCACCAGCAUGCCCAGAAUGGAGCUCCGUCAUUGGAGGGUGAGGGAGAGGCUGGAGGCAUCGCCUCCGUGAUCAAGGAGGAACCUUCUGAUCUGGAGCCGGUCAUUAAAUGGGAAGUGUGUGAGGGGAGUCCGCUGGACCAGCAGGAGGGGGAUCCUGCAGCUGAACAUCAGCGUCAAGGAACAGCUGCAAUGAGAAACACACUCGUUGAUUUUGUGGCAAAAACUGCAAAUUAUCAGAUGAACAAGCCGAAGACAUUAGAGGAGGAAGACGAACCUGCUGCCAAUCUGAAAAGGAGAGGGGGGGAAAGGAACGGAUGCCGCCAACCUGAGAUGGAGGAAGAGGUGGUUGUUGGGAAGAAACCUUGUGUGACUCCUUCAUCUGCACGAAAAACAACUGUUCCAAACAACAGUGUGAGCGAUAUCAGCUCACCACAGCCUCACUGGCAGAACAACAACGGCUCAGUCACUUCAAAGUUACUUGCACAAGAGCCAUGUCAGCAGCCAACAUACAUCACCAUGACAACCCCACAGCCUACAUGCGACCCAAUACUUCUAGAGGUCCUUGUUUCACUGGAGACCAUCAAGCAACAAAACACAACUGUUCUUCAAAUCCUGCAGUCAGGAAAUUCACCCAGAGCGCCGCUCUCUGAACCUCCAGAUGUCGGCACGCUUCCCCUUCCGCUCCAGUCGGUGCAGGACUUGAGAUGUUUGGAACAGAGACUCUCUGCUGAGUCAGAGCUGAAGAAAAGAAUGAUCUCGUACCUCGGCCUGUCUGGAGGGAUGACGACCAAAGAGAGCGUCUGGAGGAUAAUGGCCAAGCUCUUCACCAACACUUUGGCCAAAAACAUCAACUGGAGGGGGAGAAAUAACAAGCAGAAGAUAGAGAACCUCACCAUCAAAAGAGUCAUCAUCAAUGCAGUUCGGCAGAAUUCGUUCUGCAAGGAUGCCGUGGAUGAGGAGAUCGAGCGAUUCAUAAAGCGCUGGCUGCAGCUGGCAGGGGACAGAGAUGGAGGACGAAAAAGACGACAGGAAAAGGGCAAGGAGUCCGCCAGCAUGCAAGGUUACUGCAUGGAUGACAUGUUUACUCAUGUGAUUGAGUAGUUUCAGAAAUAUCUGCAACACUAACUGUUUAUAUAUAUGACAGCGAUUUUACUUUUAUCGUCUAAUGUUUAACUGGUAAGUGGUCUGAAAUGACAGUAAUAACAAAAUACAUUACAAAUCACGUCUUUAGGCAAAGGAAGAUGCAUGAACACACACAUACAACUGCACUUAGUGUUCCCUUUAUCAUAUUUACUCUUGAACGUUAGGUUCAGUAGGUAAAAUAAGUGUAUACACUUCCUUUUCAAUUCAUAAUUAUUGACAAGAGUUGCACUAUUAGCAUUAUUGCUUUUGUCUGUUUGGAGUUCUUUGCACUUAUAUUUAGAUUUUUAAUCAUAUCUGAAUAUUUGUUUAUAAUGUCAAUCAUAUUUAUUUUCACGCGAGAGAAGGUAUUCAUUGGUAUUUGAACUUAUCAUCGGCAUUGUUCAGUUGUUCUUGUCAGGGAUGUUGUUUAUAAAAAUAAAAAAGGGUU